GGAGCUCCCCUGCGGCCUCGCGGUGGGCUCCCACGUCACCGUCGUCGCCCGCCCCCGGCCCGCCCGGCCCGAGUACGACCCCAAGAUCGCCGAGCGCAAGGACGGGGAGGCCGCCGUCAUGGUGUCCCAGUUCAUGGUCGAGCUCGUCGGCACCAAGGCUGUCGAUGGGGAGGCGCCGCCGAGGAUCCUCCACUUCAACCCCAGGAUCCGCGGGGACUACAGCCGGAGGCCCGUCAUCGAGAUGAACAGCUGCUACCGGAUGCAGUGGGGCCAGUCGCAGCGCUGCGAAGGAUUCGCCUCCCGCCCCGCCGAGGACACCGUUGAUGGGCAACUCAAGUGUGAGAAAUGGAUUCGCGACGACGACAACAAGUCGGAGGAGUCAAAGAUGAAGUGGUGGGUGAAACGUUUGAUUGGCAGGCCAAAGGAUGUCCACAUCAGUUGGCCAUACCCAUUCGCAGAAGGCAAGCUAUUUGUUAUGACUCUAACAGCUGGUUUGGAAGGUUACCAUGUCAAUGUUGAUGGGCGGCAUGUUGCUUCAUUUCCAUACCGCACCGGUUACUCCCUUGAGGAUGCAACUGCAUUGUCCCUAAAUGGAGACAUUGAUAUUGAGUCAAUUUUUGCUAGUUCUCUACCCAAUUCGCACCCUAGUUUCGCACCGGAGAGAUACCUUGAGAUGUCUGAGCAGUGGAGGGCCCCACCACUGCCAACUGAACCUGUUGAGCUCUUCAUUGGCAUUCUUUCAGCAGCCAGCCAUUUUGCUGAGCGUAUGGCUGUAAGGAAGUCAUGGAUGAUGUAUACAAGGAAAUCAUCCAAUGUUGUAGCUCGGUUCUUUGUGGCUCUGAAUGGAAAAAAGGAGGUCAAUGCAGAGCUGAAGAAGGAGGCGGAGUUCUUCCGUGACAUUGUUAUAGUGCCUUUCGUUGAUAGCUAUGACCUUGUUGUUUUGAAGACUGUUGCGAUUGCUGAGUAUGGGGUGCGUGUCGUCCCUGCAAAGUAUGUCAUGAAAUGUGAUGACGAUACAUUCGUCAGAAUCGAUUCAGUUCUGGAUCAAGUGAAGAAAGCUCGAAGUGAUAGAAGUGUGUAUGUAGGUAGUAUCAACUACUUCCAUCGACCGUUGAGGUCUGGCAAGUGGGCCGUCACUUACGAGGAAUGGCCGGAAGAAGUAUAUCCGAAUUAUGCUAAUGGACCUGGCUACGUGAUUUCAUCAGAUAUUGCACGAUACAUUGUAUCUGAAUUUGACAAUCAGACGCUUCGGCUGUUCAAGAUGGAGGAUGUGAGCAUGGGCAUGUGGGUGGAGAAGUUCAACAACACGCGGCGGCCGGUGGAGAUCAGGCACGACGUCCGGUUCUACCAGUCAGGCUGCUACAACGGCUACUUCACGGCGCACUACCAGUCCCCGCAGCACAUGAUCUGCCUGUGGAGGAAGCUGCAGUCCGGGAGCGCCCAGUGCUGCAACGUGAGAUGACAAUGACGAAAAACCCGUGGCUAAUUCUAGAACUGGUUUGGUUUUUGGGCAAAAGAGAGACGAUCAGCUUCGUAAGCACAGCUCGCUUAUGCAACAACUGAAGAUCAUUGGAGGCGUUGAGGAUGAUGAGUUGAGUUCGAUCGUUCGGAGGGGUUGCUCUUAUGGGAUCGUGAUACGGUGAUUCGUUCAUUCUUUUGGUCGGUGGCCCGUUUCAGCCGCUGAUUCUGACACCCUGUUUUUGGGGAUUCUUUUAUACCUGUUGAUAUCCGUAGCAGUGUCAAACUUUUUUUGACCUAGAAAUUUUGACUUGGGCGGAAUUGGGUUGGUAUACCAGCAGUGUUCGUGUACAGGACUUUCUGAGUUCUUAAUUUAUCUUAUAUACGGAGUUCUUAACUGGAGGCACUCGAAAAUAA